UACAUCGGCGGUCCUACACCCCACAAACAAGACCCCACAUCAACCUAAACCACCAUGCCUGACCACCCUGUUGAGCAAGGCGCCGCUGGUAGCCUCACCGAUAAGAUCGCAAAAGAGUCGUCCGAGUCGACCGCCUCCUCGCACGCGAACCAUGCUGAUAUCCAGACUCACAACUCAAAGGGGCCUGUUGUUCCUGAUAGCAUGCCCAAGGCUGAGAGCAAGGAGGAGCUUAAGAAGAGGGCUGAGGAAUUGAACAAAUAGAU